AUGAAGAAAAUAUUAGAAGAUGAUAAAGAUUUGAUAUUGAAAUUAAACAGACUCGUGCCAGAUCGAUACAAAAUUAAUGAUAUAACUAGUCCAAAGAAACGUCCUAAUUUGGAAGAUGCUAAAAUUUUUUUGAGAAAGAUAAGGGCUCAAUUUCAAGGGGUUGAUGAUCACAUUUACAAAUCAUUGAUUUUCAUACUGAAUAUGUUUUAUAGGAAAGUUAAGUCUUUCAAUGAGGUUCACCAAGAGGUUACUACACUUCUUAAAGACCACCCUGAUCUUCUUGAUGAAUUUACUCAUUUUCUUCCAGAGGGUAUUGCUUCACAAAAGAUUCUAUGCGUCGAGGCAAAUUCAGGUUGA